AUGGAAAGCAAAGAGGAAAUGAUCAGUGGUGGGCGACUAAUAAAACGAGAAAUUCUACAUGAGAAACGGCGGCAUAUGAGUGAUCGAGCGCUGUUUUUCGCCAUCGUUGGAAUAGUGUUGAUGAUCACUGAGAACGAGCUGAACGCGGCCGGUAUCGUUGCAACGGGUUCUUUAUCGAGUUUAUGUCUUAAAUCGCUGAUAAUCGGGUCCACAAUCGUUCUUCUUGUUUUCGUUGCCUACUUUCACAUUAUAGAAGUACAGCUGUUCAUGAACGCAAACGCGGCCGACGAUUGGCGAGUGGCGUUGACCCUGCGAAGGAUGUUCCAGAUCGGUACGUGGUCAAUG